AUGUUCUCAGCAAUCUUUUUGGCCGCCCUCUCAGGCGCUGCGCUCGCAUCCUAUGACCAGAUACCUACCGUCAGUUUGGAAACUGGCGCUAGUUGUGCCUGUUCCAAGCUUUCUGCUGAGUAUGGCACCUCGGUGCUUGCUUCCAACUCCACCAACUACACCACCGAGGCAACAGCCGUCUGGGAUAUCCGCUCCUACCUAUCUCCGAAAUGCAUUUUCCUCCCGAAAGACGCCGACCAGGUCGCAGACGCAUUGUCGAUUUUCAGCUCUUGCGGUUCUCAGUUUGCCGUUAGGGGAGGAGGACACAUGAACUUCCCAGGAUCGAACAACAUUGACGGUGGAGUCUUGAUGGCUCUGAGCGAGCUUACAGACAUCACGGUGGCGGACGAUAAAGGAAGUGUUGACGUCGGCCCUGGAACACGGUGGGUUGAUGUCUACCAAGCUCUUGCACCGCACGGCCUGUAUUGCAUUGGCGGCCGUCUCAAGACCAUUGGUGUUCCUGGACUUAGCCUCAUCGGCGGAUUCCACUAUCUGAUCAACAAGUACGGUAUGACCAUGGACAACAUCCUAAGCUAUGACGUUGUCCUUGGCAAUGGAACCCAAGUCGUGGCCAAUUCGACCGAGAACCCCGAACUAUUCUGGGGCUUGAAAGGUGGCGGCAGCAACUUUGGAGUCGUCACCAAGUUCACAAUCAAGGCGCUUCCCAUCCCACUCAUCAGCACGACCCUCCAGCAGUUCAACGAGUCAACUGUGGAGGACUUCAUCAAAGCCACCGCCAACAUCGCCAGCCACCAAAGCCCUGAUAUUGCAGCGGGCUCAGUGAUCAGCAUCACCUAUAACGUCACGGCGGGAGAGAUUUCCCCGUCGCUAUUGGGCGUCCAGGAAGGAACGGAAUCCCCUCCCUCGAGCUUUGCCAACUUCUCUGCCAUUCCAUCGGUGGCGACAGUGAACAGAGUGGUGCCUCCCAUUGAAUGGCAUGACCAACUUGAGUCCCCACUGCGAAUGUUUCGCGUGCAAUUCGCCCACAAGACCAUGAAGCCCGAUGGGCCCCAGUUGUACCGGAUCUAUCAGGCAUGGAAGAAGGCUGUGGAAGAUAUCAGUGAUGUCGAGGGACUUUAUCCUACCUUCGUUAUGAAUGUUCUCCCCGCCAGCGCUGCAUCUGUUGCAAAGAACAACGGGGUUGGAAAUACCUGGGGCCUCCUAGAUGACGAGCCAUACAUUCUGUGGCAACUCUCAACUGGUUGGGGCAAGGCAACCGACGACUUGCGCAUGACGAACUGGGCCCGCUCGUUUGUUGACUACUGGCACGCGGAAAACCAAGCCUUGGGUCUUGCAUCGGAAUUCCUUUACAUGGGCGAUGCCGGAGAAUUCCAGGACCCCUUCCCCGGCUUCCCUCUCGAGAAUGUCAGAAGGCUUCGGGAUGUUCGGGAGGCGUACGAUUCCGCUGGAGUGUUCCGCCGCCUGAACUGGGGUGGAUUCAAGCUCGGUUCUAACUGA